UUUGCCUCCACGCUGGAAGAGUCAGUAUACACACAGAGAGCUAGAGAGGCGCGCUUUGAGCAGGAAUGCUGUUGAACUAUAAGAACUUAUAGCACUUGCCGCGUCUCAUUCAAAGACUGUCAAAAAACGGUGGACAGAAGCGAAAGAACGAAUUUGAAGAAUUUAUACAGCGUUCUGAGUCAGACUAUCCGUGCAGCUGAACAGAAUACUUUUUCUCGGGACAAGGAGUGCGCUUACAAGUUAGAAGUCUAUGUACGGGACACGAUUUUAUUCCAGAGACUCUUAGCUCGGCUUCGGGGGUUGAAAGCAUUGUCUGACACAUUAUGACACAUUUCUCAGAGUUUUACAACGGAAAGAACGAAAGAGAGGUGACCGAAACACACAUAUCUUCUGUUUGAGUAGCCUACUAGAGACAUUUCAAACUGAGUGUUUGGUUUAUAUUCUAUGUCUACCAAGAUGGAAACUACUUUCUACGACGACUCGCAUAAUGCUUUCUCCCAGCAUCAGAACGCGGGCUACGGAUACAACCCCAAAGCUCUGAAACACAGCAUGACACUGAACCUGGCUGACCCAACCAUCACACUCAAACCUCACCUCCAGGCUAAAGCCAGCGAUAUCCUCACCUCUCCGGAUGUGCAGCUCCUCAAACUUGCCUCCCCAGAGUUGGAGCGACUCAUCAUUCAGUCCAGCAACGGCCUGAUCACCACCACACCUACCCCGACGCAGUUCCUCUGCCCGAGGAACGUGACUGAUGAGCAGGAGGGCUUUGCCGAGGGGUUCGUUAGAGCUCUGGCGGAGCUCCAUCAUCAACACGUCUUGCCCAACGCACCUGGGGUCCCAGUCACCUCCACCGGGCAGACAAGAAUCAACAACUCGACCACACUCCCACCUGUUUGCUCCGUGGCUGGGAGCACUGUUUAUAACAACGUAGCCAUGCGCUCUGAGUCACCUGUCUACGAAAACUUGAACACUUUCACCCCGGCUGUCACCACCAACUCAGCCCCGGGUUACACCACCUCAGUGCCGGCUAUGAGCUUCCCCUCUGCCCCGCCUCAGCUCCCCAUCUAUGGGCAGCAGUCUCACCCCCACCCCAGGCUCACAGCCCUGAAAGAGGAGCCCCAGACGGUACCUGAGAUGCUCGGGGAGACCCCUCCACUCUCUCCCAUCGACAUGGAGAAUCAGGAGAGGAUCAAAGCCGAGAGGAAGCGCAUGAGGAACCGCGUCGCCGCUUCCAAGUGCAGGAAGCGGAAGCUAGAGCGCAUCUCCCGGCUGGAGGACAAGGUGAAGAACCUGAAGACUCAGAACUCCGACCUGGCUUCCACAGCCAACAUGCUGAGGGAACAGGUAGCCCAGCUCAAACAGAAGGUGAUGAACCAUGUCAACAGCGGCUGUCAACUCAUGCUGACGCAGCAGCUCCAGACCUUCUGAAGAGGAGAGGACACUUGGGGAAGAAUAGAGAAAGAGUUUGAACGAAAAGGACAGAUCGUUUAUAAGUGACUGGAUGGCUGUUCCGUGGCUCCGUGGCAUUGUGACAGGUAGAAUGGGACAGUAACAGCACGAGAAUGGUGGGAGGGAACCGUGACUGGCUGGCUGCCUCUAACCGGGUGCUUCGCGCGCCACCGUUGCGCACAGGAGUUGGGGCCCCGGACAGAGCAGAGCGUGUGAAGGAAAAGAAACAGCAACAAACAGGACAAACGGAUGUUUUGUUUCGUGUUGUUUUUAUUGACUGGAUAUUUGUUGGCGUUGACCAAGCUGUGCUUUUAUGAAUGGACCUUCGUGAUGAUUCAGUAUUAGAAAAAACAAAGACAGUAGAUUUUAAAACUUCCUGGCGCUGAAGGAGAAGGCGUGUAGCCUAGUCUAAACAGAUGAAAACGUUUAACAAAAGCUGCCUAACUUUUGAGUUACAAUGUAUUGUUUAUUCUUAAUUGUAUUGAAUUAAGUUUGAAAAAAGCUUAGUUACUUGUUUUUUUCUGAAGUUAUUUAAUGGGGUUCCACUCAUUGUUAUUAGUUGUAUAUAAGAUCGACUUGGAGUACUUACAUUUACAAUUUGUAAUAAGAAACAAUAUAAUUUUGUAUGUUCAUUUUCUGAGCACUUCAGAAACAAAUCAAUAUUUAAGAAAUGUAAUAAAACAUAUGUGAACUGAAUACGA